AUGACAUGUAGCAGCUGCAUUGGAGCUAUCAACGCGGCUCUGAAGACCUUCGACUGGAUAAAAAGAGUCGAUAUCAAUUUGAUCUCGAACAGCGCCACAGUCGUUUUUGAAGGCCGGGAGCAUCUUGCAGAAAUCACGACAACCAUUGAAGAUAUUGGGUACGAGGCAACCUUGAAUGAGGUACAAGAUCUGGAGCGCAGACAGGAUCAAGAUCACCGGAGACAGGUUUCAAUCUAUGUCAGUGGAAUAUACUGUGAUCAUUGCCCUCCUCGAAUCCUUGAAUCUCUAAGGCGCUGUGAUGGAGAAGUAAAGAUCGAGAAACUGUUGAGCCGCGUCGACCCUAUCUUGAACAUCAGCUAUACUUUCUUGCCGCAGACGUCUUCCAUCGUCGUGCAUUAA